CCAUUUUCUCUCAAUCUGUAACCCAUUUUCACCACUAAAAAUUUUCUCUUCAGUUUCACAGCAAUUUGAGUGAGAUUUUAAGAAUUCUUCAUGGCGGCGAAGGAGAAGACAAAUAAGGCUGUUAAUGGAGUUAAGGAUAAGGCUAAUAAGGCUUUUAAUGGCGUUAAGGAGGUGCACUACAGGGGCGUGAGGAAGAGGCCUUGGGGCCGUUACGCGGCGGAGAUUCGAGAUCCCGGGAAGAAGAGCCGUGUAUGGUUGGGAACGUUCGACACGGCGGAGGAGGCGGCUCGUGCAUACGACGCCGCCGCUCGUGAGUUCCGUGGGUCUAAAGCUAAAACUAACUUCCCUUUACCUUCGGAUGUCCACAGCCCUAGCCAGAGCAGCACCGUGGAGUCAUCAAGCGUCAUAGCAAUCAAUACUCAACCGCCGGUUGAGCUUGACCUCACGCGCCUCCUUGGAGUAAAUUCCACCGCUACUGCUGUGAAUGGGUAUCAGUUUUUUCAUUACCAGCCAGCCAUGGCGGUUUCGCCCACUGGACGUCCGGUUCUGUACUUCGAUCCUCCGCCAGAAUACCGGCUGAAUACGGCGGCGGUUCACUUUCCCAAGAGCGGCGACGGCGGCGCUCAGAGUGAUUCUGAUUCUUCUUCUGUUGUUGAUGAGAAUCAGAUAUAUACAAAGAGAGUUUUGGAUUUUGAUCUUAAUCUACCACCUGCCAUGGAUGAAGCUUGAAUCUUCACAGUGAAAGAGACUGACUUUUGAUUGUAAAUACAUAAAAAUAUUAUUGUGUUUUUAAUUAUCAGAGACUUCUAAUUUCUCUGAUUGUUUAUCACAAUUGUAAUCGGCAAUUAGGGCUUCUGAUUCAAUGCAAUAUUUAAAUUAACUUGCUUUUGGUUA